GAAUAUUUUUCGAAACACGAAGACAGACCUGUCCAGAAAAACGCAGCUACAUUUCGAGCAACAGACAGUGGUCUCAUUUUUGAAAUCGUAGGAAACUCAGAUCCCAGAUAAAGACAUCACAGGAAACAAUGGAAGCUUAGCAUAUUUGUAACAAUGUUGAGCUCAGCGAUGGGCAAGUCUUUUCUGCUUAGUCGACUCGUUCUCAUCAUCUUUGUUGCCCACUUUGCAGCUUCAAAGGUAGUGGCUACAAGACCUGGUUUUCUCUACACAAGAACCAGAGGAAGAUGCACUCCCCAGUUCUGGAGCAGCAGGAGAGAGGCAUGGCCUAGGAUGGUCCCACAGAGAUCAACAGUGUCAAAGGUGUUUGGAUCAGGAGUUUUUGAAAGGUACAGAUCGGAUGUGACUUUGCUGGAAUCAACGGGUAGGAAUGACGAAGAGAAUGCAUUUGCUGGGUUGUUGAAGCAGGCGAGUGCAGCCCUGCUCAACACUUAUGCUAGAAAGGGGUUUCCUUAUUCCGCCUGGGAAGUGAAGACUCUGUUUAUACAGGCAUUGGUCUCCAAAGAGGCUGCAGCUACACAAGCCAAACAGUUCUCCAUUGCCAACGAAGCUUGUAAUUGAUUAAAGUUAUGGGCACUAAACUGGUUUAGAUUUUCCGUUCUCUUGUGACUAAUCCUUUUGUGUGUUUCUUGAGCCCUUGUGUCUCUAUGUUAUUGCCUAGAAGUAAAGAUUUUGACAUUGGGAAAUUUA